AUGGGCAUGUCAGCUACAGGUAUAGUGAAUAUCGAUGACGAAGACGAUGAUAUGACACUGCUAUAUUAUCACAAUUAUAUCUCAGUUGAGCAGUACUCUGAGGACAGAGACCUCCAUCUCGCAAUCGCCGCCUCUCUCUCCUUCCCAGCACCCAAUGGAUCUAGAAGAAGGAUCAUCGACGUAUCUAACGAAUACCCAACUGACGACGAUGAUGUUAAAGUCAUAGCUUCACGGACGCCCAAUCCGAAGAGAAGAAAAAAGACCUUUACAAUCGCCGAAACUGGGGAGUCUUCUCACUCAAAUUCAAAUCCUUCUGGUGAUGCCGUUUAUACUAGUACCUUUAUGUGUGAAAUCUGUGUUGAGCCAAAGUCAUUCAACGAGUCAUUUCGCAUAAUGGGUUGUUCACAUUCAUACUGUUCUGACUGUAUGAUCAAGUAUGUGGCUUCUAAGCUACAAGAAAACAUCACGCUGAUUGGAUGCCCUGUUUCGGGCUGUGAAGGGCUUUUGGAGCCCGAGCAUUGCCGACCCAUUUUGCCACCGGAGGUGUUUGAUCGGUGGGGAAGUGCUCUCUGCGAGGCAGUGAUUCUUGGGUCUGAGAAAUUUUACUGCCCUUUCAAGGAUUGUUCGGCGCUUUUGAUCGAUGACCCAGAAAAUGGAGAGGUUAUUAUUCAAUCGGAGUGUCCCUAUUGCCACAGGUUGUUUUGUGCGCAGUGUAAGGUGGCUUGGCAUCUGGGGAUUGAGUGUGCGGAUUUUCAGAAAUUGAACAAGAAUGAGAGAGAGAGGGAGGAUAUUAUGUUGAUGCAGCUUGCUAAGAACAAGAAGUGGAUUAGGUGUCCCAAGUGCAGAUUCUAUGUUGAGAGAUCUGAAGGCUGUCUGUUCAUGCUAUGCAGAUGGGUUUUGAGUCUGUCAGCGAACUCAAGCAGCCUCUCCACACAUACGGAGAUUGUUAGUCAUCUAGAAAGCAUAAUUCUUCAGUCAUCUGGCCAUUUAAUGGUGUUGUUGGUUGAUGGAUGUGGCAUGAAGACUGAAGAAGAGAGGAAUGGAAAUCACAAGUUUAUAUCUCAGCGUUGCUUCAGUCUUGGUGUUGAGUGUCUUGUGGAAAAAUUAAAGGGUAAUUUGGUUAGCCACAUUUUGUAG